CUCCCUUUCCCUUAUCCCUUCACGCACGCACACCACACACCACACACCGCAGCUCGCCCACGCACACAAGCGCCGCCGCCCCUCCCCAAGACCAGCGCCGCCCACGCAGACACGCGCCGCCCACGCACACAAGCGCCGCCGCCCCUCCCCAGAUUCCGGCCAUCCCCCGACGCCACGCCACGCCACCCUCCGAUUCGAGCUAAGAGGACUUCGAUCUGGCGGGAAACCCUCGCGCUCUCGCCGGCUUGAUGUUCAUCUGACGACCUGGGGACCUGCUCAGAACCGCGGCGUUUCACGGGGGCCGAGAUUUGGUGCCCGGGGGCAUGGCGGUGCUGGAGGACUUGAUCCGGGCGAUCGAGUUGUGGCUGCGCAUCGCCAAGGAGCAGGUGCCCCUGAUUGACCUCAACCUCGACCCAGUGCUGCUCGUGCCCGCCAUCGGCGGCUCCAUCCUCGAGGCCGUCGACCAGGCUUGGAACAAGGAGCUGGUCUGGGUGCGCAUCCUCGCCGCCGACCACGAGUGCCACGAGAAGCUCUGGGCCAAGUUCGAUGCUGCCACUGCAAUUUUAAAAUUGGACCAUCUUCUCCUGGGCAGUCUGCCAUGUAUAAUAUGUUUGAGAUGUUUGAAGGAUACUUGCAUACCUGAAGAUGCUCUGUUGAAAGAUCCAAGGAGGCUCUAUGCACCAGGUCGGAUAUAUCACAUUGUGGGAAGGAAAAGUUUCAGGAAGCUCGGCUUCGGAGUCCGUGCACGCAGGAGGAGCUGGCCGGCGGCGUUUCAGCGAGUAGGCUGGCCGGUGUCGAUUGAGCGAGUAGGCUGGCCCGGCAGCCAGCGGAGGAGCGAGGAGCCUGGUGGGCAGCUAGAAGCUAGCUAGCCGCUGGACGGAGAUUUUGUAUUCACAUGUGCAAGCCACCCUAAUAAGCUGAGAUUGCCGGGAAAACGGGGAGAACUUGUAUCUAUUUGUGUAAUAUUUGCUAUUGGAUACUUUCUAUAUCUGUUGUGUUAUUGAUGUGUAUCUUGCUGUCA